AUGGCCACCGAUAAUAAUAACAGCGUCUGUAGUGCUUCUAAACAGAGCAAUACAGGAAAAUUAAUGCGUGACUGCUCAUUAAUAGUCUGGGACGAUGCUACCAUGUUAAACAAGACGUCUGUGGAAGCACUGGAUAGGACAAUGCGCGAUUUGAGCAACAAAAAUUCACCUAUGGGUGGAUGUACAAUUCUGUUCUCAGGAGAUUUCCGUCAAAUCCUACCAGUUGUGACUCGAGGAACACGGUUUGAUGAAAUAAAUGCUUCCCUAAAAAGAUCCAACCUUUGGCCACAUGUCAAUAAAUUAGAGCUUAAAACUAAUAUGAGGGUUUCGUCAUCUUCACGUGAGAACAGGCUAUUUCCAGAGAUGCUGCUAAAAGUUGGCAAUGGAGUGUUAACACAAAGUGAGGAAAGGAUUAACCUAGAAAACCUUUGUGUUUUGAUAGACAACAUUCAAGAGUUAGUCAACAAUGUCUAUCAUGACAUUGAUAACAUAAGUUAUAAGACAAUAUCUUGGUUUAAAGAAAGAGCAAUUCUGUCACCAACUAUAUACGAGAUGCCUAUAUACGAGUGGAGGUCUACGUUACUCAAAAUUUGA